CUCUUUAUUUCAGUUCUCCAGCACCUCCUUAUGAUUCCGCCAACAGGGACGGACAAAGCACUCUUAGUGCCCUGUGCAACGGAGCCCUCACUGUUAGGGGGCUGGCUAUAAAUUGACGUGGCAUGGAAAAUCUCGGCUAAGUUGUUGCAGCUUGUGUGUUUCUCCAAGAUCAAGCCCGCUCUCCUGAAGCUGUCGCUUGAUCAUGGGUUCGAUGCUUCUGCGUAAAAAUGGAUAGAAAAUCUCUUCAGCUUUUUACUGGGAACCCAAAAGUUUUCUCCUUGGGGGUUUAUGGCUUAGCUGUAAACAAAAUCCAGGCAGUUAAGUUGGUGACUUUCUUUUUGCAGCUUGAACAACACAAUUUGCAGCGCUUCCCCCCUUUUCCUGCAAUUUAAUUCUUUGCAGAUCUUGCCAUGGGGUGCGGACUUAGAAAACUAGAAGACCCAGAUGAUAGCAGCCCGGGAAAAAUAUUUUCGACACUGAAGAGACCACAAGUGGAAACAAAGACAGACUUUGCUUAUGAAUAUGUAUUGCUGGAUUUUACUUUAGAAGCCUCCUCAAAUCCAGAAGUUAUCAAGAUCAGCUCAAUUCUGGAUAUAGCACCAAAAGUUGAAGAAUAUUAUGUUAAAGGCUAUAUUGUAGGAGCUGUUCACCCUGUUAUAUUAUCUGUUGGAAGAAGAAGACACUUGCCAGCAAGCCAUCUGUAUAGAGUUGUAUUGUCUCGUUUAAAAUUAAGCCAGACACAGACAACGCUCAAAGAACAAGGCCGACCCAGGCUUGUAAUCGAGGAAUGUCCCUUGACAUAUGAAACUCUCACAAAUGAAGGAGCGAAAGGGUUGAUAGAAAAGAUAAAUGAAGCUGCUAAAAGAGGAAUGAAAUUUGUUGGAUUUGUAACACAACAUUGUACUCAGUCUAAAGUUUGCAAUGGCACCAGCCCUGAUGGAGACGUAGAAUCGGAGUCAACCCUAUACAGAAUUCAAGGACACCAGAGACACAAUUCAGAUGAAAACUGUAAAACUUGGAAUGAAGGAACUUUGAGUGGGCAGUCAUCUGAAAGUGGAAUUGAAGAAGAAAUGCAUCACGAAAGUAAACCAUGGCAAAUGGGAAGAGAAGGAAGUCCUAUUCCCUCUAAAUCAAGAAAGGGAGAAGAUAAUAAAUUAUAUACAGUCUUCAAUGUUUUUGAUGAUGAAUCAACAUGCUGGACCUAUCAGGAAGGCCUUCUAUCAAUGAAAGUCACGAGAAAAGGAUCUGUAAUUAGUACACUAGAUGCUGAUUGGCUCGAGCUGACUACAUUUUAUUAUAAACAAGGAUUGUCCUUAAUUGAUUCUUUUGUAUCCUGGGAAACUUCUAAAGAUGCUCUAUGCAGAACUGAAAGAGGAGGAGGAUUUUCCAUAAAUGAUCAUUUGUCCAAAUCUUUGGAAGGAUUAUUUAUAUAUGAAGAAGAAGGUUCUGGAGUGCCAGGUUCUAACAGGAAAGGAAAUGAUGCAAUUGUAGUGGAACAAUGGACUGUCAUUGAGGGCUGUGAAAUUAAAACUGAUUACGGUCCCCUCCUGCAUACUCUGGCUGAGUUUGGAUGGCUUUUGACGAGUGUACUUCCGACACCCAUAUUAAGACAUGACAGUGAAGGAAAUUUGGCUACAAAACAGGUUGUAUUUCUUCAAAGACCUGUUAUGUGGAACUCAGCUGUUCAAACACCAGAAAAGAAAUCCACGAGGCAGAUAAGGGAAGAGAAAAGCAAGGUAACUAGUCGGAGUAUUGGGCUAGACACAGCUACUUCUCGCCCUGCAGAAAGCAGACACCCAUCUGAGCAAUGUCAUCUCUCUCCUUCUCAAGAACCUUGGACCAGAGAAGGGAUGCCGGCACCCUAUGGCAGCUUCUCGGGGGUCAGCAGCAGUGACAGUGUUCUGAGAGAAUUGGAUGAUGGACAAUACGAUCAGGAGGACGGGGUGACGCAGGUCACUUGUAUGUGAGCCAGAAGAUACCUGAAUUCAAAGGACCUGUAAAUAAUCAUGGAAAUUUAAUUCAAUGCUGAAUUGAGUACAUUACUUCAUACACUUCAAUGUAAUGCUCUGUGUUUCUCCAGACUCACAUAUUUUUCUCAUCUGUGCUGGCUUUGGCUACUGCCUCUAAAGGCGGAAGAACUAUUAUUAGUAAAUUCAUUCAUUAGAGUUGUGUUUAUACUCUUCCUGUCAACUAAGAACAUCUGUUCAAAGUGAGAUGUCAUUAGUUUAUUAAGAAAUAAUGUCCUUCCAUUUUACAUCUUUGUGUGAAUUACAUCCUUUGAUAUUUCCUAGUUAGGCUCACCUCAGUCAACUACUGUUCCAGAAUAAUAGUCCUUUGGAACACUACUCAUCACUGCCCCCCCAAAAGACCCUACAAAUAGUUCUUAAGUUAAAGUAUUUCCUAGUAGUUAUUUUCUUAUGUGUAGAAAUUCAAGUUUAUCUUUAGUUGCUGCAUAUAUGUACUUUAUAGCAACCCCUAUUCAUUCAAAUAUUUCUGUAAAAAAAAAAGUUCCUUUGAGUACAUUUUUGCUUCUUAAAGAAUGCCAUAUUAUUAAAUGAUUUCAUUUAUCUGAGGUACUGCUUCUCCCGACACCCAGAAAAUAACCACAGCAGAGUGAUAUUCACUUAAGCUCAAUGCAAAAACAACCCACAAUCUCAAAAUAAAGAGGGGGGGAGGGGGGAAUUUAGAAAUGACUGUAAUUUUUCUUUAUUAAAAAUUGGAAAAUUUUUAAGCAACAAAUGAUAAGUGAAGCCUUUGGUUUUAGAAUUUAAUUACCUUCUCCUUUUCAAGAAAUUUUUGAAACUUAAAAUUUUUCAGGCCUGAAAGUUCAACUAAGUGGACCAGUACCUAGGACACUUCAGACGAAAUACUUUGACUUGAUUCCAACCACUGACUUUUCUUGCCCUGAGUAAUAUAAGUGGGUGUAUUUACCAUUGUUCAAACUCAGCCCUGGAUUGGUGAAGAUUAAACUCAUGAAAAAGAAUUUUCAUCCACUUAUGGCAGGAGAGUGAGACUUGGAAGUCAUAGAAUUGAAGGUAUUACAGAAACUUCAAGAGAAUUCCAACUAGCAUUAGCUUUGUGGAUUUCUAGCCUAUUGUUAAGCUUAUUGACAAUACUGAGUUCUAAAGAAGGCUUAAGUAAUAAAGCAUCAUUUAGUUGACAUCAGAUUUUUGUUUUUAUUGGGAAAGUAUAGCCAUUGUAUGGAUAUAUGUGUAUAAAUUUAUAUAUGCAUAUAUUAUAUGUAAUUAUAUGUGAAAUAAUUGUGUCACAUGAUAUUGAAGAAAAGCCCACAAUAAA